AUGAGCCGAGCCCCUUUAUUGUCAACUCCUGAGCCUAGGGACAUCCUCACGAUGUACCUCUCCGUCUCAGCCACCACAGUUAGCUCAGUACUCAUCCGUCCCCACGAAGGUGCUGAACAUCCGGUGCACUAUAUUACCAAGGGAUUGCAAGAUGCCGAGGUUCGGUACCCAGACAUCGAGAAGCUGGCCUUUGCUCUGGUAGUGUCAACCAGACGCCUCAUACCAUACUUCCAAACUGACACCAUCCAUGUUCUAACCAACCAGCCACUAAGGCAGGUAUUGCAAAAGCCAGAGAUUUCGGGCAGGUUGGUUAAGUGGGCUAUUGAGCUAAGUGAAUUUGAUAUCCACUACAAACCCCGCCCAGCUACAAAGGGCCAAGUUGUUGCUGACUUCAUAUCAGAAUUCACAGAACCCCAAGCUUUGGCGGUUCCUCAUAUCAUAACCGAACCCAAUCCUCCCUUGAGCCAGGUCCAUGUAGCCAGCAACGGCACCCUCGAUCUGACCCAGCCCUUGUGGACCUUAUAUGUGGAUGACACUUCCAAUACCCAGGGAUGUGGAGCUGGCCUUGUUCUUAUCUCACCAGAUAAGGUUGUCUUUGAGUACGCCCUCCACUUCAAAUUCCACGCCUCCAACAAUGUCGCUGAGUACGAAGCACUCUUAGCUUGCCUUCGGCUAGCCAAGGAGAUGGGCGCUAGGCAAAUCCAUAUAUUCAGCAACUCCCAACUCGUCUUUCAUCAAGUCAACCAGGACUUCACGGCUAAGAACACCUCUAUGACGGCAUAUCUUUAG